AUGAACCGAUGGAUGUCAGUGACGACCUCUGUCAUGAAGCAUGUGCAAGCACUACGUCCUGGAAGAUGUUUCUCGCAGGUGACCGUUUCACAAGCACGACUACAAGAGUUCAUCCGGGCUGAGUUAAGCUACUUCGCUGCGCAGCACACACAGGCGCUGAGUCUGGAACAGAUUGUCGAAGCGUCGACUCCAGGGAAAGUCGCACGGCUGGUGCACAAGGAACUGCCUUUCCGAUUUGCUGCGCGCAUCCAGCACAUCGAGGCAGUGACAGGCUGGGAAGAACAGCUCGAGCUGCGGCAAUUGCACGAGAUUUUCCUCGAUUCCUUCAGCGACUUGCGAAUGGCUGAACCUCCAGGGACCGAGGAGUGCCCGCUCUCAGUGUCAGACUUGAACGAGUACACGGAGGUCAUCCGAAGUGUUCGGAAGCGCCAUCGACCUGUCGUUGCGUUACUUGCUGAGGCCAUUCGCAAGAUGACACAUGGCGAUGCCGCUUGGAUGGAGGGCGACGCUUUCCAGUCGUGGGCUGACACCUUUUUGCUCUCCCGAAUCUCCACCGAGAUGCUCACUUCCCACUACAUGGCAGUUGUGGAUUCUCACGACCCGUCUGCCGAGCAGCUGCUGAGUGAUGACCACAUUGGCAUUGUUGAUACCAAGUGCAACCCUGGCAGAAUCUGCGAGGAGGCUGCCAAAGCCGUUCAGGCGAUGUAUGCAAAUCCGACGAGGCAAGUUGCCGGCAACCUGAGCGUCGAGGUUCACUCGCAUUCUGACUCCGGCUCGCUAUCUGCCAUCGAGUUCUCUUACAUUCCAAAGUAUUUGUUCUACAUUGUCCAGGAGCUGAUCAAGAAUAGUGCCCGGGCAACGGUCGAGGCCUGCGAAAUGGAUCGGCAAAGAACCUUGUCCCAAAGGCCGAUUGUUGUCACUGUUUGCGCAGACCAGAAGCAGGUGGCCAUAAGGAUAGCAGAUCAGGGUGGUGGUGCGCCAUUUGGCAAAGCAGACGAGAUCUGGUCGUACCUUUUUUCAACUUCAAAGCAGCCUUUCCAGGAGUACCUGGAGAGCGGCAGUCCGCUUGCUGGCUGGGGUGUCGGUUUGCCUCUUGGUAGACUCUACGCCAGGUAUCUGGGCGGCUCAUUGGAGCUGAUGAAUGUGCCUGGCACUGGAGUGGAUGCGUACUUGUUCUUGAGGCGCAUCGCUCCAUCAGCGCAGGAUGGUAUACCGCGUACCUCCAUCUCAGAUUCGCUGGCCCCGGUCUAG